AUGGAAGAGGAACAUGUGCCCGUUCUUAAUUUUGAUGACGAUGAUGAUGAUGAUGAUGAUGAUGAUGAUGAAGGAGAAGGGAUUGACGAAGAGGGUGUUGGAAGGAGUUUAAAUGAUGAAGAUUUCAUGUUUGAUUUUAAGAUGAGUGAUGAUGACUUUUGUUCGUUUUUUGAUGUUGAUGAAGUCAAUGACGUUGUGAUUUCUCCAACAGAGACUGAGGGAGAUACUAACAUUCUCAAGCUGCCAAUUCAAACGCCCACUCAGAUGUCGGAGAUUAUAGCCGAACUGGAUUCAGCUGCAAGGAUUCCUCCCCGAGAAGUUGCUAAUCAAAACAUUAUUUCAUCUGAAUGUGAUCUUGAAGAGGAACAAACUCUACCAGCUCAACAGCCAAGCACAACCACUGCACCAGUCCAACCAGUUCAAGUCGAGAGCACAGUUUUGGAUGAGGGGCCUAGUGUUGCAUCUUUUGAACCGGGUAGCUCUUCAGCUCCUGCUGGUUCUUCGGCCCCUCGACCUGUGCAUGAUGCUGCUUAUGAAAGUCUUGCUAGGUUUCUUUCUCAAGAAAGUGUUAAUCCUGCACCCAAAGGCCAAGGCUUAUCAUAUGGUGCUGGGAGCUCCGAUAAUGAAGAUCCAACAAUUUUUUAG